AUGAAUUUGCUCUUCUGGAAUAUCCGGGGCCUGCUUUCCUCUUGCCGCAGGCUCAAACGGUUAAUCAGACAUGAGAGCAUUCACCUUUCUGCCAUCUUUGAACCUUUUUUAACCAAUGAUAAAUUGGACUCCUACAUCAGAACUCUUAAUCUCCAUAAAGGUUUUGCUUCUUCGGUUAGCAAAAUUUGGAUUCUCUGGUCUUCUUCUUUUAAUGUUGAGGUUUUAAUUGACUGUGAUCAAUUUGUUUACUGUAAAGCUUCCUUCAUUCCUUGGAAUUUUGACUUUGAGUUUGUGGCAGUUUAUGCAAAACACACCAGAACAGACAGGCAAAUUCUCUGGUCACAACUUAAUGCUAUAAUAGAGGAAAGCUCUUCACCACUGCUACUGGGCGGGGAUUUUAAUGUCAUAUCGAGCGUGGCAGAAUACAAAGGAAAUGCAACCCCUGAAUUAAAUAGCAUCUCAGAUUUCUCAACUUUCAUUGCUGACAACUCUUUGCUUGAUUUAGCAACCACAGGAGGCACUUUCACCUGGACUGGAACCCGAAAUCGGGGAAGAAUUUGGAAAAGGCUUGACAGGUUUCUUCUCUCUUCUUCAUUUAGAGAUUACUUUACUGAUGUCAAUAUUAUGCUUCUGAACAGAACUACCUCAGAUCAUGCGCCAAUUUUGCUUUGUGGAAAUAAAGCGGAUCUUUUGGGUCCUAAACAGUUUAGAUUUCAAAAUAUGUGGCUCAAGCAUGCUAGCUUUGAACAUUUUGUGAAAACAAACUGGUCAGUUCCUGCUAUUGGAGGGGGUAUGCGUGCUCUUACAUUUAAACUUAAAAGACUUAAACAGGCACUCCGAGUUUGGAAUAGAGAGAUUUUUGGCAAUGUUUUUGAUCAAGUAAGGAACCUGGAUCAAUCAGUAUCAGAUGCGGAAAAAAGGUUUGAUGCUUCACCAACCCAAGAGAACCGAGAACUGCUAAGUUAUGCUCAAGCCUCCCUUCUCCAAGCUCUAAAGCUCGAAGAGAUCUACUGGAAACAAAAGGCUAGAGUUAAAUGGCUGAGGGAAGGGGAUGCCAAUACCAGCUUUUUUCAUUCUACGGUCAAAGAUAGACACCGUCGACAACGCAUAAGUGCAGUCAAAAACACAUCCGGUAGUCUUCUUACUAAUCAGGUUGACAUCCAAUCCGAAGCAGUUAACUUCUUCACCUCUUUAUUUACAGCAGAUGAAAGUGAAGAUAUGCAUGCUAUUCUUGACUGUCUGCCUACAAUCUUAACCACGGAAGAUAAUAUUGCUCUCCUGGCCCCCUUGACUCGAGAAGAAGUUAAAAAUGCGGUGUGGGCUUUAGACCCGGACAGUACAGCAGGUCCAGAUGGUUUCUCAGGAUCUUUUUUUAGGAGCUGCUGGGAUAUACUUCACAAUGAUGUGUACAUAGCAGUUCUGGAUUUCAUGAUUGGAGUUCCGGUGCCUUUUGCCUUCUCGAGUGCACAGCUAGUCCUAAUCCCCAAGAAGCUUAAUCCAGAAUCAUUCGCGGAUUAUAGACCAAUCUGUUUAUGCACCUUUGUAAGCAAGAUUUUUACAAAGGUCAUUUCUACCCGUCUUAAUAAGCUUCUCCCAAGGAUAAUUUCUAGAGAACAAUCAGGCUUUGUCCAAGGAAGAAACAUCCAUGACAAUGUUCUUCUUGCCCUUGAAUUAAUCCAAUCUAUCAACAAAAGAUGUCAGGGAUCUAACGUGGCAAUUAAACUUGACAUGUCAAAAGCUUUUGAUCGAGUAGCUUGGCCUUUCCUACGAGCAGUCUUACAAAGGUUUGGAUUCUCAACUUAUUUCAUAAAUUUGAUUAUGAACUUUCUCAAUGCAACUCGUCUGUCAGUGCUAGUUAACGGAGUUUCCUGUGGAUUUUUCAAACCUUCAAGGGGUGUAAAACAAGGAGACCCACUAUCUCCGCUUCUCUUUAUUUUAGUCUCAGAAGCCCUAUCACGCUCGUUGCUCCUUCAUUAUGGCUCGGGACUUAUUUCCCCUUAUGAAACUUCGUUUAGAUGUCCAAUCAUCACUCACCUGGGCUUCGCAGACGACAUUAUAAUUUUCGCCAAUGGAGGGGUGAAUUCUUUGAGAAAUCUAAGCAAGGUAUUGAAAAUCUAUCAACAGGCCUCUGGGCAGAAGAUCAACUCAGACAAAAGCUUUUUUAUCACCUCAAAACACUGUAAUCUGAACCGCAUUACUGCCAUGGAAGAGAUACUAGAUAUGAAACGAUCCUCACUGCCUUUCCGCUACUUAGGAGUGAAUAUUUUCCAAGGGAGAAACAAGAUCAUUUUUUAUCAACAUAUUUUGGAGAAUGUCAACAACAAACUCCAAGGUUGGCAGCGCAAACUCUUAUCUCCGGGAGGUCGCUUGGUACUAAUAAAGCAUGUCCUGACAACUAUUCCUCUCUACACAAUCGCAGCUGUCCAAUUACCUCGCCAAGUUAUCAAAGAACUGGAGCGAAAGUUUGCUAGAUUCUUUUGGGGAACAUAUGAAGGCAAGCAAAAAUUCCAUUGGGCAUCAUGGGAAAAAAUUUGCUUACCUACCGAUGAAGGGGGACUGGGAAUUCAUAAUCUGACAUCGAUACAACAAGCAUGCUCAGCGAAGCUUUGGUUUAACUUUAAGAACAAAGAUUCCUUAUGGUCAGAGUUCAUGAAAGCCCGCUACUCUACGAGCUCAGUCCGGAGAAAUGGUUCGAUAGUCUGGCGCAGGAUGUUUCAACUUGCGGACCUAGUGGAUGAAAAUAGCGGUGUAAUUGACAAUGAAACAAUCUGGAAACCAUCCACAAAAGGUGAUUUUACACUAUCAACGGCAUAUGAUCUGAUCAGACCGAGAAAGGGCUCAACACUUUCCUCAAAGUGUAUCUGGGCACCAGGUUUAUCCACUAAAUGCUCAAUCUUUAUGUGGAAACUCUUCAGAAAAUUCUUGUCAUUUCCAGACUGUCUAGAGAGAUUUGGAAUCUGCCUACCUUCUAUAUGUCCUUUUUGCCUUAAUGCAAGUGCAUCACUAGAGCAUUGUCUCUACUCUUGUACUCACAUCUAUGGAGUUUGGCAAACAUUUGCUGUGAUGUUCGGAAUCUCCCUGAAUAAUGCUCGAUCAAUAAGAGCCGCAUGUCACACAUGGUGGCUUUCAACCCAACCAGGAACAGCUUCGGGUUUCUACUGCUCUAUUUUUCCUUGUCUAAUCCUUUGGGUGGUGUGGACCUUAUACAAUGCAGCACUUUAUGAAGAUUCACCUUUCACUUUGGUUGCUGCCAUCUCGAAAAUUAAAAGAGAGACAAUGUUAAUAUCUCUGAUUCAUCCUAUUCGCAGAAGUAGUUCAUCAGAUUACUUUCUAGUUCAUGAAGGGAUCGUUUCUUCUUUCUCUCCUAACCAGAGAAUCAGAAUUACUUGGAUAAAAUGGCAAAAACCGCCAUCUGGCCGCUUAAAAUUAAACACCGAUGCUUUUUUUUCCUUUAAUGGAGCGGCCGGGGGGGCAUGUUUACGGAAUUCGGAAGGCAUUCUCAUUGCAGGAUUAUCUUUCCCCUUGAUAGCAUCCUCAGCACUUGAAGCAGAAGCUCUGGCACUUGACUUUGCUUUAUCCUGGUGUGAGCUAGCAUCAAUGAUCCCGGCACAUAUUGAAGUUGACUCUAUUGUUUUGGUGCGAUUCGCAACAUCUAUCACCAACUUGUUACCAUGGAGAAUUCGUAGUGCAGUCAAACACAUUCACUCAAGGAUCACUUCUUGGUCGUCAUCCAUUAUUCAUGUCUAUCGUGAGGGAAACAGGGUUGCGGAUGCUUUAGCUUUAGAGGGGUUGCAUCGCACAUCUGCCACUUUGUUUUCAUCUUUUAACUCCCUCCCUGAUAAAGUUAAAUUGGCUUUGCUGUAUGACUUUCGGGGCUUUGCUGCCUCCCGUUCUUUUCGUUAUUAA